GAUCCCAAGCUUUUUCUCAGAGAAUUUUGACUGAAAAAUUUCGUAAUUAGGGUUUUUGAGAUUUGACAUUAUUCUAAGAUGAAAGCUUCGAUUGAGAAGUUAAGGAGAUUAACAUCGCAUUCACAUAAGGUUGAUGUGAAGGAGAAAGGAGAUGUCAUGGCUACAACACAAAUUGACGAACUCGAUCGAGCCGGGAAGGAUAUGCAAGAUAUGAGAGACUGCUACGAUAGACUACUCUCCGCAGCUGCUGCCACGGCAAAUAGCGCUUAUGAGUUCUCUGAGUCAUUGGGAGAAAUGGGUUCUUGUUUGGAGCAAAUCGCGCCUCAUAACGACGAAGAAAGCAGUAGAAUCUUGUUUAUGUUGAGUAAAGUUCAGAGUGAGCUUCAAAGACUUCUUGACACAUAUCGUAGUCAUAUAUUCAAAACUAUAACAUCCCCAUCAGAGGCACUUCUUAAGGACCUCAGAACUGUUGAGGAUAUGAAGCAACAAUGCGACGAGAAGAGGAAUGUGUAUGAGAUGUCGCUAGUUAAAGAUAAAGGAAGGCCUAAAAGCAGUAAAGGAGAGAGACAUUUUCCUCCCGAGUCUCGACCUGCUUACAGUGAGUUUCAUGACGAAGCAACAAUGUGCAUUUUUCGAUUGAAAUCUCUUAAAGAAGGACAAGCUCGUAGUCUCCUUACACAAGCAGUCCGUCACCACACUGCUCAGAUGCGUUUGUUCCACACUGGACUGAAAUCUCUCGAGGCAGUUGAGCGUCAUGUAAAAAUUGCUGCAGAGAAACAACACAUUGACUGUGAUCUAUCUGUUCAUGGGAACGAGGUGGAAGCUAAUGAGUAUGAUGAUGAUGAUGAUGAUAGCCGAUAUAUGAACAGAGAAGGAGAACUCAGUUUUGAUUACAGAACAAAUGACCAGAAGGUAGAAGCUGCUUCUCUCUCUACACCAUGGGGCUCAAAGAUGGAUGAUUCAGACCUCUCGUUUCCUCGCCCUUCUACAACACGACCAGCAGCGGUAAAUGCUGAUCAUAGAGAAGAAUAUCCAGUUUCAACCCGCGAUAAGUAUUUGAGCAGCCAUUCAGCUCCGUUGUUCCCAGAAAAGAAACCUGAUUUAUCAGAGAGGUUGAGACAGGUGGUGAAUCCAUCUUUUAAUGCCUACGUAUUACCAACACCAAACGAUUCAAGGUACUCGAAACCGGCUUCCCAAGCUUUAAAUCCGAGGCCAGCAAACCACAGUGCCGGAAACAUAUGGCAUUCAUCUCCGUUAGAGCCGAUAAAAAGCGGGAAAGAUGGGAAAGACGCAGAAAACAACAGCUUCUACGGCCGCCUCCCUCGGCCUUCUACAACAGACACGCAUCAUCAUCAUCAGCAGCAAGCAGCAGGAAGACAUGCAUUUUCCGGACCUCUCAAACCGUCCUCAACAAAACCUGUCACCACGGCGGACAGUUACUCAGGCGCGUUUUGUCCUCUGCCGACUCCUCCAGUACUCCCUCAUCCCCAUCCAUCAUCUUCUCCAAGAGUCUCCCCUACAGCUUCACCUCCUCCUGCUUCUUCCCCGAGGCUCAACGAGCUUCACGAGCUUCCAAGACCCCCAGGCCACUUUCCACCACCGCCAAGACGAGCCAAGUCCCCCGGUCUGGUUGGUCACUCGGCGCCUCUAACCGGAUGGAACCAAGAAAGAAACACUGUAACUGUUGCUCCUCCUUCCGCCACCAACAUUGUGGCUUCACCACUUCCUGUUCCUCCGUUGGUUGUCCCUAGAAGCUACUCUAUACCUUCAAGAAACCAGAGAGCUGUUUCUCAACGGCCGGUUGAAAGGAGAGAUGAUAUAGUAGCAUCCCCACCAUUAACACCAAUGAGCCUGUCUCGGCCUCUUCCUCAGGCCACAGGAGUUGCUCAGACCAGUCAAAUCAGAGAGGAGGAGGGAGAGAAGGAGCUAAGAAGAGACCAUUCGUCGUCGUCAAUGGAGAUAUCUGCAUCUGCUUCUCUAACUUUCUCUCGAUUCGUUCCUCGUCUUCUUCCCUUGCUCUCUACUCGAGCUCCAACUACCUCUUACAAGCCGUUGUUGUCUUCUUCUUCCAUUAGACUCAUUUCUUCUCACAGUCGUAUAGCUCCGUCUCAGUCUCUCGCCGAUCAAUCUGCCUCUACCGGGAUCAGUGUUGUUGAUUCAGAUCCCAUAGAUGUUGUAAAGAGGAAAGCUAUGGACAUAGCCCCUGAAUUGAAAGGAGCUUCGAUAUUUCUGGUUGGGAUUAAUAACUCUAUUAAAACUAAGACGGGGAAGCUUUUGGCUGAGGCAUUACGAUAUUACUACUUUGAUAGUGAUAAUUUGAUCACAGAGGCGGCUGGUGGAAAUUUGUCCGCUCAAGCUUUGAAGGAAGCAGAUGAGAAGGCUUUUCAGGAAUCAGAGACGGAAGUGCUGAAGCAGCUAUCAUCUAUGGGUCGGCUUGUAGUUUGCGCUGGAGAUGGUGCGGUCCAGAGCUUGACAAAUCUUGCACUUCUAAGACACGGAAUAUCCAUAUGGAUCGAUGUUCCUCUGGAUAUCGCUGCUAAAGGGGAUGAUGAUUCAUUCAACUUAGAACCUUCUCCUGAGUUGUUUGACACACUAAAAGCGAGUUACGAAAAAUCAAGAAAGGGUUACGAAACAGCAGAUGCAUCCAUUUCCCUUGAAAAAAUAGCUACAAAGAUGGAAUUUGAAGACUUGGAAACAGUAACUUCUGAAGACAUUGCUUUGGAGGUUCUGAAAGAAAUCGAGAAGUUGACGAGAGUGAAGAAAAUGAUGGAAGAAGCUUCCCGACCUUUCUAGGUCGAUUUUACUCUCCCUCAUGUGAUUUAUCUUGUAUAUCAUCUCGACAUUAAUAAUGUAUCUUUUUGCAU